UCUUUGUCAAGCGGAACUAUUUGAAAAUCGUGGGGUGCGCAUCAUAAUGAAUGAACAGCUGGUGUGUGACUGGCUGUUUAAACAGUGCAUGAAAAAGGUAAAAUGUUGGGACACAUUGAGCCAGCUGAGCUUCAGUGCACAGUGGCAGUGGAGCGCUUGAAUCCUGCAGGUCAAGCCAUCAAACGGCAGCUCAUCCGCAAAGCCACCGUCACAUUAGGGCGGAAUGAGUUUCAAGAGAUUGUCUUGCGCGUCCACGAUGGCAAAGCUCCUCAAAACUUCAUGCUGCGUGAUUUCCAGCUCUUUACGCGUUUUGCAAAGGAUGGUAAAUGUACUGUUAAAUUCAUCCCGGAAAACACGCAGGUUUUGCUGUCUGAUUGUCCACCGGAUCGUUUGAAGAUGUUUCUGAAGACGCUCAGCAUCAAACAUCAGGCAUCCCAAGGCAUCAAGCCUAUGAGUGAUCGGGAUAAACUACGAGCUGGCCUUCCUAGAGCCUUUGAGACCCUAAGUCCUCUCCAGCUGAAAGAUGUGCAGAAAGCAAACGAGUUGAGAAGUAAAGUGAAUGCAUCAGUCCAACCCAAAGGUCCUUCAGAGAGAUCUGUCAAUAAGGUCUUGGGUGAAAGGAAGCAAGUAAAAAGACCCAGACCUGAUUGUGACACUAGUCCGGUUAAAGUGCUUCACUCCAAUAAGAAGCCUGUAUUGGUUCUGCCUGUAGCACAAAAGCUCAGCAAAGAACAAACUGCAGUUCUCAAUGCAGUCUUGAGUGGCAAAAAUGUGUUUUUCACAGGCAGUGCAGGUACAGGAAAGUCAUUCUUGCUCAAAAGGAUUAUAGGCUCUCUGCCUCCAAAAAGCACGUAUGCAACAGCGAGCACUGGUGUUGCAGCUUGUCACAUAGGAGGGACCACACUGCACAGUUUUGCUGGUGUUGGUUCCGGCUCUGCUCCUCUUGAACAAUGUAUUGAGCUUGCUCAGCGUCCUGGGGUGCUGCAGCACUGGACAUCAUGCAAACACCUCGUUAUUGAUGAGAUUUCAAUGGUGGAAGCAGAGUUCUUUGACAAACUGGAAGCCGUAGCCAGAUCCAUCAGAAGAUCCACUGAGCCGUUUGGAGGAAUUCAACUGAUAGUGUGUGGAGACUUUCUUCAACUUCCACCUGUAACUAAAGGAAAGGACAAGGCAAACUUUUGUUUUCAGUCGAGAAGUUGGCGGAAGUGUAUCCAUAUGAACAUGGAGCUGACGGAGGUGCGCAGACAAACAGACAAAGCCUUCAUCUCUCUCCUCCAGGCUGUGAGAGUGGGCAGAGUCACAGAGGAAGUUACUGCACAACUACUGAGAAGUGCCAAUCACAGCAUCGAGAGGGAUGGUAUCCUAGCAACCAGGCUGUGCACACACAAGGAUGAUGUGGAGCUCACUAAUGAGAAUAAACUCAAACAGUUGCCAGGGGUCAUGCGAGUGUUUGAGGCUGUGGAUAGUGACCCUAUGCUGUUUCGGACCAUUGACGCACAGAGUCCAGUGAGUCGGUUCUUACAGCUGAAAGUGGGAGCUCAGGUCAUGCUCACUAAAAACCUGGAUGUCCAGAGGGGUCUAGUGAAUGGAGCCAGAGGAGUAGUGGUUGACUUUCAGCCAGGCAAUCAAGGACUCCCUCGGGUGCGAUUCCUUUGCGGGGCUGUUGAGGUAAUAAAGAGAGAGCGUUGGAUGUUUAAAGCAUCAGGGGGGUUGUACCUGAGCCGACAGCAGCUGCCACUCAAACUGGCCUGGGCCAUUUCAAUCCACAAGAGUCAGGGCAUGACUCUGGAUUGUGUGGAGAUCUCUUUGGCACGUGUGUUUGAGAGCGGCCAGGCCUAUGUUGCUCUGUCACGGGCCCGGAGUCUGGAAGGCCUGCGUGUGAUGGACUUUGAUCCGCGAGUAGUGCAGGCCAACCAGGACGUGCUGCUCUUCUAUAAGAGACUGAGGAAAGAGAGGCUCCUCAUGCAGUCCUCAAUGAAUGACUUUGUUGGACAGAGCAAUAAGGAGAAUUCCCGUUGGUGAGGUGGUGAUGUGAAGCUCUCAUUUUCAUAUGCACUGUGUGUAUGAAUGCAUCAGGGACAUGAAGUCAUUUUUAAUUCAUUUAGUGUUUCUUAUUGGGUAAAUUAUAAUACCCUGCUUUUCAACUGAGUGAUUAUUUAU